AUGGCGUUCAAGGUGGCUACCUUCUGGCAGGCUCCUGAGCUCAAUCCUGUCAAUGGAAAGGCCCGUUCGAUCCCAGUCCUUAACCCGCUCGACAGACAUGGCCGUGUCUUUUUCUUCUCUUGGCUCGGUUUUAUGGUUGCGUUCCUAUCCUGGUACGCCUUUCCACCUCUGUUGACCUUGACCAUCAAGAAGGAUCUCAAUCUCACUCCGACUGAGAUUGCCAACUCCAAUAUUGUUGCUCUUGCAUCCACUCUAUUCGUUCGCGUUGUAUCCGGUCCUUCGUGUGACUACUUUGGCCCAAAAGUCACCUUCGCUGCCUGCCUCCUCCUCGGUGCCAUCCCCUCCGCCCUCGCCGGCACAGUCACCACCGCCAAUGGCCUUAUGACCCUGCGCUUCUUCAUCGGCGUUCUUGGCGGCACCUUUGUGCCCUGCCAGGUGUGGACGACCAGCUUCUUUGACAAGAACGUUGUCGGCACCGCCAACGCCCUCACCGCCGGAUGGGGCAACGCCGGCGGCGGCAUCACCUACUUCAUCAUGCCCACCAUUUUUGACUCCCUCGUGGAGCACCAGCAUCUCACGCCCCAUGUCGCCUGGCGCGUCGCCUUUGUUGUACCGUUCAUCCUCAUCACGUCUAUUGCGCUCGGCAUGAUGCUGCUCUGCGACGACUGCGCGACCGGCAAGUGGUCGGAGCGCCACGACGCCGUCAAGGGCAACCUGCGCCGCCGUGGCCUUCGCACAGCCGCCUCGAGCGCCCGGGAGAAAAGCACCGGCGACUUGGCUGCAUUUUCCGAGCCCACGUCCGACGAUGCCUUGGCCGAGCAGAUGAAGAAUGAGGCCGUCUGCCGAGAGGCCGAGCUCAGCGACCAGGAACUCCUCGACGCUGCCAAUGGCGAAGUCGUCAAGAACCCGACUCUCAAGGACACUCUCAUGGUGACCAUCAGCCCGCAGACUGUCGUGGUUGCUGCCAUCUACAUGUGCUCCUUUGGUGCCGAGCUUGCCAUCAACUCCGUCCUCGGCGCGUAUUACUUCAAGAACUUCAAGGCUCUCGGCCAGACCGGCACCGGUCGUUGGGCCGCCAUGUUCGGUCUUCUCAACGUCGUCUUCCGCCCCCUCGGCGGUGUUGUCUCUGACGCGCUCUACCGCGCCAGCGGCAACGUCUGGUCCAAGAAGAUCUGGCUCUGCUCCCUCGGCGUCGUCUGCGGCGUCUUCCAGAUUGCCAUCGGCGUGACCGACUCUCACUCCAAGUCCACGAUGUUCGGCCUCAUGGCCGGCAUGGCCUUCUUCCUCGAGGCUGGCAACGGCGCCUGCUUCUCCCUCGUGCCGCACGUCCAUCCUGCCGCCAACGGCAUCAUCUCCGGCAUGGCCGGCGCAGCCGGGAACCUCGGCGGCAUCAUCUUUGCCAUCAUCUUCCGCUACCAGGGCGCCGACUACGGCAAGACUUUCUGGGUCAUUGGCGUCAUUACCGUUGCCAUCAACCUGCUCGCGUCCUGGGUCAAACCUCUUCCUGCAGGUCAAAUUGGCGGUCGUUGA